AUGCUCAUCUUCCUGGAGCGAGGUUUUGCUUGGGCCCUCAACCAGCUUAUCGGCACCGACCUGCCCCCUCUGAUUGCCGCUGCAUAUGCUGGGCACGAGCGGAUGGUCCGUCUCCUCCUAUCCUGGCAUGCAAAUCCGCGACUCAGGGGACCCGGAGACGCCACUGCUCUCUUCUGGGCUUCCUCUCGCGGGCACGCAGGCAUCGUGCACCUCCUCUUGACCACCACAUCGGCCCGUGCCGACAUCAACUUCCCCACCUCCAAGGGUUUGACGCCGCUGAUGGCGGCGUCGCAGUAUGGCAGGACAGAGGCAGUCCGGAUUCUUCUGUCCUGCGGCGCGGAUACGGCAAUGCUCAACGCCAAAGGCCAAUCCGCUCUCCAUCUUGCGUGCCACGCCGGACAUUCCGCCGUCAUAGGCCUUCUCCUCGGGCACAAUACGGCCGUAUAAACUCCAAGGCAGUCGCUCGUUCAUUGUCGAUGCAGGGGGGAAAGC